AUGAAGAAUCUAGGAGUUUUUCUCUGCAUCGCUUUCAUCAAGAUCGUUACAUCACAAGUAAUUUCGUACGUGCCAAGAAAUGCCAUAGCCAAUCCAGGUCUUCUAGCAGCGAAUCAACAAAAUGCCAUGGCUGCAAAUGCUAUGGCCGCAAAUGCCAUGGCAGCGAACGCUAUGGCAGCGAAUGCCAAUAGCUAUAGAGUAGUUCCUAGCAAUGCCAUCACUGUCUCGAAACCGCCUCAAAAUAACAUUAUCACGAAUAUACCAGCCACCCAAGCCGCAGCAGCUAAUGCAAAUAUUGCAAAUGCUCAAGCUGCAAAUGCCGCAAUGGCCAAUGUAUUGAAUGAAAAUGCUGCCUUGGCUGCUAGUAGGCAGGAACUUACUGGGACAGUGACUAACGCUGAUUUAGCAAACAUAGCAAGUUCCACAUUCGCUGGAACCAAUCCCAAUUUAGCAGCAUUGGCAAGUAUGGCAAAUAUUAAUGGUAAUAUUGCUACAUUUAACUUCGGGAAUGACGGCCAUGGAUUUACUGUGACCAGUGGAUCACCUGGAAACCAAGGAUUUGGCAUCCAGGUGUUGGCUGAUGCUCUGGAAGUUGGCGGAACCGUUGCUGUAAAUGGCCAGAUCCCGAUAUUUGGUGCGGUGGCAUUGAACGGCAAUCUGCCGACCGAUGGUUCUGCAUCUGUAAAUUACAGCUGUGGAAGGCAGGCGUCUGCACCUGUACCAGAAUAA